AACAUGAAAUAAAAGAAUUGAAAUAAAAUAAGAGGUUGAAUUUUUCAGACAGAAAUUGCCUUUGCUUUCCUUAGUUUCAGAAUUAUACUUCAAGAACCACUUUCAAUUUCAUCAUGUUACAGUGAACAGAGUGUGUGUGUGUGUGUGUGUGUGUGUGUGCGCCUCUGUUGCUAAGAGGAAAAUAAAUCAGAGUAAACACAGAGGAGAUGAUAAACAGAACUUCUCCUCAUGGGCUUCUUCAGCUGGUUUUAAUGGACGUCCUCAGAGGACAGUGCCUCCCUGUGGACACUUAACUGGAUUAAUGAAAUUACACAGGCUGCUGCUCAUGUUUCACUGGUGAUAUGUUUAUUUACAAGGUCGUUCCAGUUGUUGUCUUAAUGUGGAACUGUGUUGCCGUGCACUUGAAGUUAACCUGCCCAAUAUCAAUGACUGGCAAUCAUUCAUUCAUUCAUUCAUUUUCUAGUGUCUCCGUGUGAGGGUUGUGUGGGGAACUGGAGCCAAUCCCAUCUGACAUAGGGCCCAGAAAGGUGGGCUCACCGGUCCACCGCAGGACUAACCCAGAGACAAACAACCAUUCACACCUACCGUCAAUUUUUUGUGGCCAAUUAACCUCUUUAUGUUUUUGGACUGUGGGAGGAACCUGGAGAACCCAGAGAGAACCCACACCACACAGGGAGAACCUGCAAACUCCAUAUAGAAAGGCCCUUGUUUGGACGAGGACAUGAACCUGGGCCUUUUUGCUCGCCUCCUCUCUGGUGCAGCCUCAUAGCGAUGGUUUAUGCGCAGUCGUCCCUCGGCGUCAAUCCCUCCCUUUACUCUCCGUCUCUCGCUUAUCAGAUGUCAUUUAACUACUCGGAGAGGGAAAACUCAACUGUCCUGGCAACCUUACCCACAACCCCCCUGUGCAGCCUUGAGGACUCCUCUGGCCAGGCCAAUCGGACCUACGUCUCUUACGAACUGACUUCAGGUGAGGUUGCGAUCCUAGGACUGGUGUUUGGGGUUCUCUGGUUGAUAUCCAUCCUGGGAAAUGCUCUCGUCUGCCUGGUCAUCCACCGCAGCCGACGGACUCAGUCCACAACCAACUACUUUGUGGUGUCUAUGGCCUGCGCAGACUUGCUUAUGAGCCUGGGCUGCGCACCAUUCAUCCUCCUGCAGGUGGCAUCAGGACGAUGGCCACUAAGUGCCGCCGCGUGCAAAGCUGUGCGCUACCUACAGCACCUGUGCCCGGGCGUGCAGGUGUACGUCCUGCUCUCCAUCUCUGUGGACCGCUUCUACACUAUCGUCUACCCGCUCAGCUUCAAGGUGUCCAGGGAGAAAGCGAAAAAGAUGAUUCUGGCCUCGUGGCUCUUAGACGCCACCUUUAUCUCGCCCUGCUUCUUCUUCUAUGGAUCGUCAUUCAACAAUCACUGUGACUUUUUCCUUCCGGAUGCCUGGGGCAGUAUAGGCUACGCAGCCGUUCACCUGCUGGGCGGUUUUCUGGUUCCGGUAGCACUGAUUGUCUCCCUCUACCAGCGGGUGAUCCGCUACAUCUGGAGAAUCAGUGCCGAUGGCCACACAGUGCGCCGGACAAUGAACAUUGUCCCACGGACUAAAGUCAAGACCAUCAAGAUGUUCCUGAUGCUGAAUUUGGUUUUCUUCCUGACCUGGACACCCUUCUAUGUUGCGCAGCUGUGGCACCCACAGGAGUCUGAUGGACCGGGCAGGCAGGGGCUGCUGUUCUUCACUGCGAUCACCUGUAUCUCCUUCAGCUCCACAGCGUCCAAACCGACACUGUACUCUGUCUACAACGCAAACUUCAGGAGGGGCAUGCGGGAGACCUUCUGCAUGUCGUCGAUGAAAUGUUACCGCAGCAACGCGUAUACCAUCACAGCGAGCUCUCGCAUGGCCAAAAAGAACUAUAUCGGCGUGGUGGACAUCCCUGUGCAAGCAAAAACUGUCGCCAAGGAUGCAGUUUACGACACAUUUGACCGAGAUGCGAAGGACAAGAAGGUAGCGUGGCUAACAAACGCCAACCCGCCUAACACCUUUGUGUAAACCACCUUGGAGAAUUUGAAACUGUGAAAUGAACUAAUGAAACUUUAUUUAGUCACAAAACUUUAGCGUUGACAGGUCAGCUAACUGGAGGCUAACUAUGUAUUUGAACGCAACGAAACGUAAGUGUUCCAUCGAUAUAAAGGGCUUUUUUUUUUAUGUCACACCUCAUUGUGGCCAUAUUGGAAGUUCUCAAAAACAACAAUCUGAUUUUCUACUGAAGAUUUUAAUCAUUAUUCAUUUCCGUGACGUGUUUCGAUGGAUUGUUUUGUCAUAAACAUUUUGUGUUUUGAUAACAUUAGCUUGUUCAGAAUCAGAAUCAGAAUACUUUAUUAAUCCCCGGGGGGAAAUUGUUUAAAUUGUUAGCUAGCUAACAACAGUCUGUGGCCAUCUGUCAGUGACAGGUUGUAUCUGAGUUGCUGCAGUUUCGUUACAUGUUUCGUUACAUUAAGAGAAGCCCUUAAGGUUUACUUUAAUCAGGGGAGGGGGCGGGGACACAACGUUUCAAAUGUAUCUGUUUCCAGUUCUAUGAACAAAUAUGAAAGUGAACUGAAUCAUAAGAACAAUCUGGUUUUCAUUUUCAAAUUUCAGUUUGGAGGAAACUCAAAAAUUCUGGAAUGAUUUUGAAAUUACUCGGGUAAAUACGGUGCCUUUAAGUGUGACUCGUGAACUUUUACGAUAUGUGAAGAAAAAUAUUGUAUUGUUUUUUCUUUUUCAUUUGCUGUCACCCAGAAAGGGGCGUGGUCAUUCUGACAGGCUGGUGACCUUUGAUACAUGGCUGCUCUCAUUUAUGGGGAAAAUGUUAGCAUAAUGUAAGGAAUGAACACAGUGGGGGUAAAAAGUCUAUUUGGAAACAUUUCAAAGCCAAAUUAAACAAUUACAAAUUAUAUACAACUAAAAUGUAUAAAAUCCAAAUGACAUGAGGAUGAUGUUUCCAUCAAAAGGCACUAAUAUUUAUGGUUCAAAUGGUAAAUUCUCAUUUUCAGUAUUUCCAGGUAAAGUUCAAGGCAACAAUGAAUAAAUAAAUAAAUAAAUAAUAUAUCAGAUUUCAAACAGAGCUAAUGAAUCAAGUAGUUUAUGACAAGAAAUUCAUUAACAACUAUAUUAAUAAUGGAUUAAAUGUAUUUUUAGGUUUCAGCUGCUCAGUGUGAAAACGUGUUGAUUUGACAAUAAAAAAUGUGAUCGUAUUUUGACCGUUUAUUUAUAUUUGAAUACUGAACUAUGUCACUUUGUUUAAUGGACACAAUUAUAUUGUCGAUAUCUUUU